CUUUAAAUAAUCCCUCUUGAAAUAGCAAUUUCUACAUCUCGAUGGGUUCUUGGUUCUUCCAUGAGGUGCCAUUUACAAUGUCACAUAAUUCGCAAUUGAUCCUUACUCAUUGUUAUCGUAUCAUUUAUUUUUGAUUAGUUAUUGGCAGGUAUUGGCCUGGGGCAUUUGGCCAGUGAUUGGUUGUUCAUAGUUUCUAUGCUUACAUAUAAUUGGCUGCGUCCUGUGUGCACUGCCAGUCCUGACAAUGGAGUGAUGCUUUCAAGUGCUAAUCGGACACCCCACAAAUUCCCUCUGAGAGAUAGUUAACAAUCAGAUUUCAAUAUUCCUGGUUAAUAUUUUCAUUCAACUUGAACUUUAGGGGGUUAUUUUUGGUGUAUAUCAAGCGUGUAUUAUGACGCAUGUCAUACAUUUGUAAUAAUGUAGGUCUAGCUCAAAAGCUGUUUGACCACCAGUUUUUAUUUUCAGCCCGCUAAACGCACCAUUUUGGCCGACACAGAUUUAUUUGACCAUUGGUUUCAGUUUAAAGCUGCUAUUUCCGGCAGCACCUGAAGGCAGCAGUUGUGCUUGCUGAACUCGUGCUGAGCCUCGCAGCUUUCCCACUACAACAAUGACUGUGAGCAAGCAUGUCCGGCUGGUUUGAAGUUUACUUCAGUGAAACUGCCCGAAAUAUUCUUUACAUGUUCUCAUAGGAGGUUUCAGAAGCACUGUGUCAAAUGGAGCUGGAGGACCAAUGGUGGAAAGGACAGCUGGCUGCAGACAUCUACCAGGCGCUGCGGUACAAAGAGCUCAAGUUGCCUUCCUUCAAAGGCCAGUCUCCUCAGCUCAACUUGAGGCGGUACUUCGCAGACCUCAUAGCCAUCGUCAGCAACCGCUUCAGGCUGUGUCCUGCAGCCCGACACCUAGCCGUCUACCUGCUGGACCUCUUCAUGGACCGCUAUGAUGUCACGGUGCAGCAGCUUCACAUGGUCUCACUCUCAUGUCUUCUUCUGGCCAGUAAAUUUGAGGAAAGGGAGGACCGGGUGCCCAAGCUGGAGACCCUGAACAGCCUGGGCUGUAUGAUUUCCAUGAACCUGGUACUGACCAAGCAGGGUCUACUUCACAUGGAGCUGCUGCUGCUGGAAACCUUCCAGUGGAACCUGUACAUCCCCACAGCCGCUCAUUUCAUAGAGUACUACCUGUCUAUGGCUGUCCAAGAGGGGGACCUCCAUGAUGGCUGGCCGAUGACGAGCUUCGAGAAGACCAAACUAUACAUGGCCAAGUAUGCUGAUUACUUCCUGGAGGUUUCCUUGCAAG